AUGAAUUUCUGUGGACUUGAAAAUGAACAGCAGGAGAACGACGUGUGUUCCUUGUGGAAUGGGCCUCGUAUAAAAUUCGAAGACGAUAAUGUGGACGGCAAUUUCCGUGAGCUUUCCUUGGGCGAAGUUGAUCAGCGAAGGGCACUCGACAGAAUAGAGCACUCAAUCACGCAUGUCGGUAGUGACGAGGCCUAUUUUUCUCCACUAGACACCUGCACUAUAAAACCCACACGCACUACACUGGCAGAGAACAGCUUUAAUUUGAAAAGUACCUGUCUGAUGCCCGGUCGAAAGAGGGAAGAUAGAGAACCUAGAAUCCUGGAGCAUUCACCAACGUCGAGCCACAAUGAAACCAGAACCGCCACUGGAGGCGCUCUGCAGGCUUCAUCUCCAAUGGCGAAUUGGUCUCCAAGCUACAUCGUACCUACAAGCAACUCAAGCCCGAUUCCGUUGUACCUCAUUUCGGAUGAUGAAUGGAGCUCUACGCACAAGCCUGGACAAGCUACUCUUAAAAAUACCUCGCUAGAUCCACCGCUUGGACAGUCUUUUGCUCAAGGGAGUAUAAAGGGAGAAUGGGAGAAAGGCGAGAUCAAUGCAUGGACUACAAUUGCGCUGAAAGACAUUCUGCGGUUGGAACUCGGAGGGCCCAAACAGAAUAGAGCUCAUACCUACGAAAGCAGUUUCACAAUCAUUGUAGACCAAGAAAGCUCCAUCAACUACUUCGACUUUGAGGCCGCAUCUCCGGUACAGCGCGAGUACCUCUUAUCGUCGUUGAUGGUUGUGCUAGAACAAGAGUGUACUUCUUUGCAGACACGGAAGAACAGUGACGACGUUGAAUGCAUUCCAAAUGCUGGAACAAUGGAUCAGCCUAUUCUAUGCAGUCCGUCCUUGGAACAAAAUACCGUCCCGUCCAGGCCGUCGCCGCAAAAUUUGGAAUCUAAAGUGUCAUCUCGAGAAUGCUUAUACCUGGACGAGCAUGAUGCUGGAUCUGUUUCCAAGAUAUUCAUUGACAGUGGAGAACGACAGUUGCCGAAGGAUGCAGAUAAAUUUCCCUUUCAAAACCAGGAGAGUUCAGGACCAAUGGUCGGUAUGACUCAGGAAGAGAAAAUCGAUUUGUGCAUUGGCUUCGUUCCGAGUGCGAGUAGUGUAUACCUUGCGGAUGCGUGGUGUACGGAUGAUGUAUGUACACUGGCGAUGAAGGACAUCGCAGACAGCUGCGCCGGUAUUUUCGAAAAAAAGCAAAUCCGAAACGGUUCAGCCUCGUUUGACGGAUGCGUGAGUCCCGUUGACGCCGAACAAAUGGCCAUGGUUGAAGAUUAUGUCACGGGGGCAAUGGAAGCCCCUAGCGCAGUAUAUUCAUAUCUAACUGCUGAUGGUCGGGUUUGGCAGACUGAUAAACCGAUGGUUCUGCAGACUGCCUCGCAUGUAUGCACUCAUCCAGUCUUAAAGAACAGGGCAAGCCAAGCAAAUGCCCAAGUUCAUCGUCUCCAAAGAUUGCGUAGCGAAAUGACAUUUGCUGAUCCUUUGCGCCAAUCAGAGGAACGAACGCGGUGCAUUCGGACGACGCAGUCCUGUGCUGAUAUUCCUGGUUUAAAAGUCUCAUACCCAAAGAUCAAAGCUGAUAAUGAUGGACCCAGUCUUUUUCAUACAUCUGAUCUUCUUAAAUCCGUGAUGAACAAUACGAUGAUGAGCCGCACCAAUGACGGUCAGAAAAUCGAAAAUGAUGUUCUCUACUACGAUUCUGAUCCCGAAGACAUUCGUUUUCAAAGUACCUGCAGAAACCCGCGAAAAGCAUCCGCAAAACCUGAAGCCGCUGAAAAAAACAUUAACGCUGCAAGGCGUCCACUCGCAUUGAGCGGUGUCGGGUUUGAGCAGAUGGGAUCAGGGAAGCAAAUUAGCAGACAUUUGGACGAGGACGUCAUCGUUGAUCUAAGUCAGGUGUCUAUUUGGUGGAUGGAACUUUUUUGCUGCCAAAACUCACUUGGUCGGAGUCCGCAAAGGCCAUCCGUUGUCAUGCCUCGGUUGGAGAGCUCCAAAAGCUCGACUUGCUAG